UGUUGCUCAGCGACAUGUAAAUAAGAUUUCGUAAUGAUUAUUAACCAGGGACUACGGCGUGGACCAGUAUGGUGUAUGUGCGCUGAUGCAUUGAAGGAUUUAUGUUAUGGAAAAUGAUGAAUUAUGGGGCUACUGAAUACAGAUAUGUAACCUAGCUGACAGCAUAAUCACGCUGGGAUAUGUGUAAUUGAUGUGGGUUAUGUGUUGUCAACAGAAAAGUGCACAUCUUUAUAACAAGGUGGCUGAUCAUUGAAUGUAGGUGAUUCAAUAAAUUUGAUACGAAAUUUCAGGUGAUGAUCGGCAUAAUUUUAUUGAAGCAACCUGUUUACAUACUGACGUGCAGAUUAUUUAUGUACAAAAAACAUCAAACGUGGCGAAAUAGGCAAAGUAAUUCUUAAUAGUUAUCCCUGUUUAUAUUUCACGCAGACACUACAUAAAUCUAUGCAGAGAUGUGUAUUGAAUGUAUGUAGAGUGAGGAGGGAUUGAAAGAGUCGUUCAAAAUGUGAAGACCAAGAGUGAUUGGAGCUCUAGUCAAUGCAAAUGCCUAGAGUGACAACUGUGUGUGUGUGUGUCGAGGCCAUGCUAUGUACCAACCGCUUAGAAAUCGUAAAAAAAGAAGGAAAAAAAAAGGCUGCUGUGGUUGACAUGAUGUAAUUUGGUUUAAUUUUUGCAUCAUGAGUCACCUCCCUUACACCCUCCCGCGCUACCUCGACCCCACUCCUUGAAAGUCUGACUGCAGCUUAAUAUUAGUGCUGCAAAUUAAAUUUUCUGGGAGUAAUUAUACUAUUGUGACAUGCAUUUAAAAGAAAUGCAAACUUCGUAAAACGAUGCGUGCAUAUAUAGACGAAGUUUCUUAAUGGAAACUUGGCCUAAUGGUUGGGUGUAAAUGUGUUUUUAAGUAAACUUCAACUUCGAUGAAGAUGUAACACCCAUCCACACAAUUGUGUGGAUGGGUAUUGUUGAAGAAGAAGAAGAAGAAGAAGAAGCAAUAUCUACUGUGGAGUUCAUUGGAGGUAAGUAAUCUAGUUGCUGCAUCUUCAGUUGAAAAUACUUCUGAACCUUUCGAAUCAUGCAAGUGUUGCAAUAAAUUUAACUAUAUACACUCUUUUCGAUGUCGUCCGUGAAUGAGGUGGUGUGGGGUCCUACAGCCCAGGAUGCUGAGGAUGAAGAGGAGGAAGAGAUGGAGGCGGCCACUGAAUCUAUACCAGACAGCCCAGCGUCGCCAUCACCGCCUCCACCACCGCAGAACCCACCACCACCACCACCACCACCACCACCACCAAGGUGGCGCAUACUCCCUGAGGAGUAUGUAGAUGAAGGCAAUGAUGUUGAUGUUAUAUUCUCAUACGAAAUAAUAAAUAUCGAUUAAAAGGA